AACAACCUUUAUCGGAGUCUCUGCCGUGAUAUGCUUUCCAACAUGUUUCACCGACAGCUUCAUAGAUCCCUCURAUGGAAAGCUUUACUACGGCAUUGACACCUUCAAAGGGUUUUAUAUAUUUGAUUAUGGAACUCGCCCCCGUUGCUGUGAUCAAGAGGAUGAGGAUGAGGAGGGGUUGAAGAGAUUCAAAAUCAGUGGCAUAGAUAUCGGUCACGCUUUUCUUUCGCUUAUUGUGUUCUUGGUGUUUGCUAUAAGCGAUACCGACGUGCAAAGCUUGUUGUUUCCUGAAUCGGAGGCCAAUAUGAACGUUUUGCUGAUGAAUUUGCCGUUGAGUGUUGGGGUUUUGGCAAGCUUUCGUUUYACCAUCUUUCCGACAACACAUAGAGGGCUCGGUUACACGGAUUUCCCUCUUCAUACUAAAUGA